AUGGCACUCUCCGUGCUGCCGGAUACCGCACCUAAGAAGGGACUGACGGCCAUGGCGCUGCACCACUCCCUGAUGAAGGACAGUCACGGCGGUGCAGAGUCCGCGGCCUCUGAGGGCUCUCCUAGCAGAGACGUCACCUUCUCCGGACACAUGCUCGCCCCCACACAUCUGUUCCCGACCUUCAUGAACCCUCUAGCCUUCCACGCCAGUCUAGCCAACAACCCCGGUCUGUUUCACCACUUCGCCUGGCCGCCGACGUCCACCGACCACGUCACCUCCACCUCGUCCCCGGCCCUCCCCACCAAGGCGAGGAAGCGGAAGAAGAAGGAAGACGUGGAACCCGCGCCUCUGUCACCUCCAACGUCUGGUUCGUCACCGCAGUCCAACGGGUCGACGCAAGAAGUGACCAGUGGGAAAGGUAGUUCGGAAAAGACGGAGAACAGGGAAAAGGUAUUUACUUGUGGAAUCUGCAAUAGAUCUUUCGGUUAUAAACACGUGUUACAAAACCACGAGAGGACUCAUACGGGCGAGAAACCGUUCGAAUGUAGUGAGUGCCACAAGAGGUUCACGCGGGAUCAUCAUCUCAAGACACACAUGAGACUACACACUGGGGAGAAGCCGUACCACUGUACACACUGCGACAGACACUUCGUGCAAGUAGCGAACCUGCGGAGACAUCUACGAGUACACACGGGCGAGCGACCCUACGCGUGCGAGCUGUGCGCCUCAAGGUUCAGCGACUCCAACCAGCUCAAGGCGCACAUGCUGAUACACAAGGGAGAGAAACCAUUCCACUGUGUGCUGUGCGACGGCAAGUUCCGUAGACGACACCACCUGAUGCACCACAAGUGCCACGGCAGAGAUCACCAGGAGGUCAUAGAGAGGUUCAGUCCACCGAACUACUCGGACGGCGGCCUCACGCCGAGUCCCUUCUACGAGCACGACGACCCGUACGAGCACGACGACGACGAGGAGGACAACGAACAGAGUCUUCUCGCUCACAACAACAACUCCCCGAAGAGGAUCAGAGAGAGAAAAUCCAAAUCUGUCAUCAGAUACCAAAGACUGCCACCUCCACAGCUGAUACCGUUGUCUCUGAACAUUCCCGAGCAGACCGAACCUGAGGACCUCUCUAUGUCUUCGCAUCGUCACAACAACAACAACUCCGACUCGCCACACUCCGACGAAGACUCGCCUCACUACAGGCAUCCCAAGCUAAGAAAACACCUGGGCUCCUAG